CCCGGGAGCUUCCCACGAUACACGCUCCUCCGGCUGCCGGCCGGCCGAUCGCCCGACCGACCGACCGACCGACCGACCGACCGUGCGCUUACGGCGCGCGAACUCUAAAAGAGAGGGGCGAAUUGCCGGGCCCAACUACCAAUCCGGUGGUGGGACUGGUGGUAUAACUACGGCACGCUCGCUCGUAACCAACUCAGAAACGUGACAAACACGGAUGCGUUAACGUCGCUUUCCUCGGCACACCGAGAAUACACAUACACGCAUAUACGCACAUAUAUAUAUAUAUAUUCUAUAUGUAUAUGUAUAACGAUAAUAAUCAAGUUAAUAUACACAAGUAGUGUUUUAUCACGCGUUACCUUAUUAUCACUAUUGUCAAUAUUAUUAUUCUUAUCGCCAUAUUAUUAUUAUUAUUAUUAUUAUUAUUAAUAUACUGUAUCAUAUGGUAUAUAAGAAUAAUCGCAGCGAAUAAUCGUCUGCGACUCGUGUGACAAGUGUUACUUGAUAUAAUAAAACGAGUGUAAAAGAGAGAAGAAAUUAAAUGAUGGCGCCGCAUACGAGUUAUGCACCCGUCACCGGCAUGGAGUACGAGGAACCAGUGUCAAGGACCUACCAAUAUCGCAAGGUUAUGAAGCCGAUGCUUGAGAGGAAAAGAAGAGCACGUAUUAACCGAUGUUUGGAUGAACUAAAGGAUCUCAUGGUUACCGCUCUUCAAGCCGAAGGGGAAAACGUCGCCAAGUUGGAGAAAGCUGAUAUCCUUGAAUUGACAGUUCGGCAUCUUCAUACGUUGAGGGCAGCACGUAGAUUAACUCUUACGCCAGAAAACAGUUAUGCGGACAGAUUCCGCGAGGGAUUCACGCAAUGUGCUCAAGAGGUAUCAACGUUCCUGUCGACUCCAGUUGCCGCCGCUGUUCAUCCAGCCGCUGGUGCUCAGCUUAUGAGGCAUCUUGGCGGUUGUCUUCGAAGAUUGGAAGGUUCUUCGUCCUCAACGAACUCUUCCGUUUCCUCCGUCUCGUCGGUUCCAAGUACCAGCAAGGGUUUUCCCGAAUCCGUAACGUCGACGAUUACGGCAACGAUGACGACCAUGACCACGACUACGACCGUCGGUGUACAUCAGAACGUUUACACGCCCCCACAAAGUCCUUUUAGCGUUGCCAGCUCCUCCGGGGAAUCCUUAGAAUCUUCUGGUCCCGUUUGGAGACCUUGGUGAAUCUACGUCGAAUCUACAACGUAGAUCGCAACGAUAAAAUUCUAGUGGACUCUUCGUUGGUGCGUGAGACGUUUCUAAUUCUAACUACGGACGAUAAUUGUAAUCGAAGUUUCUCUUUUCUAUGGACGAUCAUUGUAAUCGAAGGAGAAAAACGACGAAUCAUUGUCUUCCAAAUAUUACUAUAUUAUCGAACGUACAAUUUUUAGUGUGUUUUAUGGGCAUAUGUAUAUCGUUUGUCCUCGUCGCACUUCCCUCUCUCACUUCCUUUAUAAUUCUCUAUGUUUAUGUCUCUUUAUAUCACGAUCGAUAGGUAGGUUUGCUUCUUUUCCAGUAAUGUAAGUAAUAAAGCUUUAAUGUAACGUCUGUGAUAGGGUUCCAUUUUGUACCUGAGAUAUAACUAUUUUUGAGGCAAAGUAUAUCGAUUAUUAUAGAAAAUAUAUGUUAACUUGUUAAGUUUAAGAACAUAGUUUUCUACUUUUCUUUCUUUCUUUUUUUUUUUCUUUUUUUUUUUCGUAGACAUAAAGAUUCCCGUUAUCUUUUGCUAAAUGCAGAAAUAUUUCAUUGUGAGAUUAUUACAAUAAAAUUGUCUUGUUCGAAUAGUGA